AUGUUGCGUUUGAAUGUAUUUUUAAGUCUUAUUGUGUUGGUUAGGGCUCAAUCGCGACUAGUACAAAAGGCCAAGCUUAUGCAAGAUGGUUUAGACACCAGUGUGGAUCCAUGCGAAGACUUUUUUACGUUUGCCACCAAGAAUUAUGACAAAGAAUUUAAGAGAAACAGACGGAAGGAGUUGCUCAAAACUGUUUUGAAUGAAGCUAAUGUACUUGUAAGUGGUUCAAUAAGAAAUAAUUUAAAAUAUUUUUUUUAAAAUAAACUUUGUUCAUGAAUAAUUUGAGUAAAUGAGCACAAUAAUUAUAUUAGAUACCAUCACUCCGCAUGGUGAAAAAUGUGUACACCAAUUGCGGCCUACAAAAGCCUUCAGCAAACGAGUUUGAUCUUACUAUGAAAGCCAAACGUGCUGUUGAACAAUUUCACUUUGCUUUCCCGGUGACAGAAGCCGAUGUCACGGAUGACGCUGAAUAUAUGAGGAAACUGGCCCGUAUGUACAAGAUGGCGUUUGAGUACGGUAGUGAACUGGUGGGGAUGAUCCAGGGGAGUAUUGAAGGCCAAAACCUAACUAUCUUCUUGCCUCCGGAUAUUAUGUCACCAGACGAGAAAGCUUCGGUUUGGUAAUUCAAAUUACACUUUGCUUUUUUUGUAAAAAUAGUAGAAUAUUCACUUCAAGUAGUUAUUAAUUAGCUGCCUGUUUUUUAAGAUCAGUAGAUUUGUUAAGCGUCUGAAGACCUUUUGAGCAAAUUCAGAUGUCAAAAACUAUUGUCAUGACAUUUUAGGAAAGCUUACUGUGCCGAGAAGGGAUGUGAUCACACACAAAUCGACUUUAAUGACUUUUCUAAUUUGUUGGGAAGUUACGCUCCUUUUCAAAUGACUCCAGAAUACGAUAAGUUCCUGGAGACAAUGUUUGGCCAUAAAAUACGAUCACCUGGUGUUCUGUUUGGUGUUCCAGAAACGGCAAGUUUUUAA